AUGUCACCCGAACCGAUGCCACAUAACGAGUUCCACGAAGAACGCGCCGCGAACCUAGCGCAAGCGGAUGCGGCGCAUCGCGAAGCAUACGAUUACUGGGGUUACCUUUUCAAGGAAGAUAAAUGCGGGACCCCGUUGCUCGAUCGCUUGCUGAAGGGCAUUGCCUACGUCAUUGGGACAAGUCAAGCUGAUGCGCUGCGGCAGAGCAAGAAGUUCGGAUCAAGCGACUCGCCUGAUCUUACGCCGUCGCAAAUCGCAGCCUGGUAUCGCAGUGUUGGGGGCGACUACGACGUACUAUUCACAGACACACCACCAUCCUCUGUCGCAUUCAUAUAUCGGUCACUCGGCGCAUUCCACAGCCUGCAACCAGCGCCAGACGACGACGGCUACUCGAGUCCAACCAUACCUGCGCUAAAGAAGGACGGCUUCGUGACAUGGCAGACGAUACAGUUACUGUUAGGGCCAGAAGAGCAUGUGCCUUUCCUACAGAAGGCGGUGGAGCUGGAUGACAUACCCGAUCUAGAAAUGGGAGGCACCUUCCCCAAAAUCCUACCAAAGGAGUGUUUCCCAGAGAAGCCCGAUGAUGCGAUGGAGACGUGGUAUCAGAGCGUUGCUACCAGGCUUAAGAAGGAAGCGGAGGAGGAGCUAAACGGGGGCAGUGUGGCUGAAGAGCCAAAACCGCGAACUUCGACGGACAGCGAGGGAAAUUCAGCUGAUGAGAAGUCCGGCGCGUACCGCUACUUUGAAGACCCGCUCUAUCGGAAUGGAAGACCACGUCCGACCUUCAUGCGCCAUGUCUCGAAGCAAUCCCCACGGCCCGGAGAUGACCAUGGAAGGCCUGGGGCUAUUAUCUCAAGGGUGAGGCAUAUGCUGAACCCUUUGAGUACUAGAAUCGCCGGAAAGAGGAAUGUCCCAGGCCGCACCGGGUAUGGAAGUGACGAGUACUCAGAUGAAGAUGCCACACCCAUUGCGCCCGUUCCUCAACCAGGUCCUCGAUACUCUGCCCACAAGCGUCCACACCCACCACGACGCGAACCCUCGUUAUCAACAACAGACUCCGACUCCGACCCAGAUCGCCCAUCUCCCCGGCGACAAAAUCCCGUACUGCGUACCCAUCGAUCUCACGAGCCGCCCAUAUCGCAGCCAGGGUAUUUCCCUGCCUACAAUGAGGCGCGCCGCUACUCAAACCAACAUGAUCCAGUCCGAGUGUACGAAGGAACUUCAACAGCAACAUCUCCCCAACACGCAUAUAUACCAACUCAAUCCCCACUCUUCGCAACUCAAGUCGCGCAAGCCCAGCGCGAAGCACAAAAACAACAAUACUACCUUUCGCGCCCCGUCAUGCCCCCACGUACCAGCUACAGACCUGUCCCAUCCAACAGCGUGCGAUGGGGUCCCCAGACCGUACACCCUGUAAGUCCACCUCGCGACGCCGAACCACCUUAUAUCCGUGAGCGCGAACGGGAACGUGAUCGCGAUAGGGAACGCCAUCAUCGCGACCGCGACCCUUACGCCAUGGGCAGCGGUGGCAGCCGUUCCCAUCGCCGCCAUUCGGAAGACGUCGAAUAUCCGCGGGAGCGUACACGUGAUUCAGCCCGGACACGCAGUCAUGAUAGAGUGAAGGAUGAAUGGGAUGAUCGCCAUGAUCGCGAGAGAGAUAGGGAUAGAGAACGCGACCGCGACAGAAAAUCCUCCAGCUACGACGACCGAGACCGAGACCGAGAUAGAUCAAGAGACGACAGUCGCGAACGAGAUCGAGAUCGAGACCGGGUGCGAGAUCCCCGCGUGCAUAGCAGGAGUCAGAGUGUUAGGGGCCAGUUUAUGAGGCUGCUUAAGGAAUUUUGA